CAGCUCAAGCGCAUGUGGCUUCCGGCGAGGGGGCGUGGCCGGGCGCUGCGGACCGGCACUUAGGGCGCGGCGCAGGCGCAUCGCGGUUCCGCGGCCAAGAUGGCGGCGGCUGAGGCGAGCGAGGCUUCGGCCGUGGAGGAAGCCGAGGCUCCGGUCACGACGACGGCGGCCUCCACCACGCCGGCGGAAGCAGUGGCGGCGGCGGCCCCGUCCUCCUCCUUGGCCCGGCCGGCGAAGCUGCCCUUGGCGCGGGUGAAGGCGCUGGUCAAGGCCGACCCGGACGUCACGCUGGCCAGCCAGGAGGCCGUCUUCGUCUUGGCGCGCGCCGCGGAGCUGUUUGUGGAGACCAUUGCCAAGGAUGCCUUCAUCUACGCCCAGCGGGGGAAAAGGAAGACCCUCCAGAGGAAGGACCUGGACAAUGCCAUUGAAGCCACGGAUGAGUUUGCAUUCCUCGAAGGUACUCUCGAUUGAAACAAGGGACAAGAAGAUACCUGGAAGGAAGGAAGGAAGGAAGGAACAGGCCAAGAAAAGCCUCCGAAGAAACAGGGGCACAAGUUGACGUCUCUGUAGGGGAGAUGAUGGACUUCCCGGAGCUGCUCAUAUUUCAAACAGGACUGAAAUGUGGAGUGCAGGCCCGGAAUUAUUCUGUAUAUACCAUUCACCACAAUGUGUUUUUUAAAUACAAUUUGCAAGCUGGUAGUUCUUGACUCUAUAAAUACAUACACCAAUA